GGAAAUACCAAUCAACACUCAGUGUCUUACUCUCACUGUCACUCUCACUCUCGCUCUCGCUCUCGUCGACUGCCCAUCGGUCUCCUCUCAUCGACUAACCAUCGGCCACCGUCGCUCACCGUCUCAUCGUCGUGAUCGGUACACCAUCUCAAGCCCAUUAAUUUUGAAUCAGAUUCAAGCUGCCUUUCGGAGAGAUGAGAUUCGGAGAACUUCUCCAACCCCACAAGAUGAAAUGAGAGCAGGAGAAAUGAGGGCAGGAAUGAGCUACUUCCACGAAACAAUCUGGAAGGGUGUUCCUAAAUUUUUACGGCGUGUUGAUACAACUCUAAAGAACAUAGGAAUAAAUGAAUGUGUUCCUUACAAUGCUCCCCUUAUUCAAUUCUCAUCCUGGAUGGGUGGCGAUCGAGAUGGUAAUCCAAGGGUCACUCCUGAGGUCACACGGGAUGUUUGCUUGUUGGCUAGGAUGAUGGCUGCUAACUUGCACUAUUCUCAGAUUGAGGAUCUCAUGUAUGAGUUGUCUAUGUGGCGUUGCAGUGAUGAGCUUCGUGUUCGAGCCGAAGAACUCCACAGAUCAUCAAAGAGAGAUGCAAAACACUACAUAGAGUUUUGGAAGCAAGUUCCUGCAAGUGAACCUUAUCGUGUUAUCCUUAGUGAUGUGAGGGAUAAGCUAUAUCAGACACGUGAACGCUCUCGCCAUUUAUUAGCCCAUGAUAUUUCUGACAUUCCAGAGGAAGGAACUUUCACCAAUAUUGAGUAGGUAUCUCCUUCCCUUC